AAAUGAAUGUGACGUCAUUCUCCGCAGCCACAGCUGAUGUACCAAGUCUUCCGCUUCUUCUCCAAACUGCUUUCGACUACACAUUGACGGACAUCAAUUUAGACCUAAUAUCAGCCUAAUAAGUACAGACGACAUGCGUUUUAGGGAAAGAACACCGCUGCUGUGGGUUUUUGUGCAGGCUGCGGUCGUCGUCGCGUGGUGUUUCACUGACAUCGAAACCGGGCCUGGCGCGGGGGUAACGUUAUCCUACCAGCCGAAUGGAGAUCGGUUCAAAAUAGAGGGAAGGGCGAUAGUUCCGGGGGUUAAAACACAAGACUGGGUCUCCACGGCAAGAAUCCUCGUGGAAAGUGAAGAGUACGUGGGAUUUGUGAGAACUGAUGGAAGUUUUGCUGUGAAUGACGUUCCCUCAGGAUCCUACGUUGUGGAAGUUGUCACCCCAAAUUAUAGAUUUGAGCCAGUACGUGUUGAUAUCACAUCCAAGGGCAAAAUGAGGGCACGUCUUGUGAACUACAUCAAGACUUCUGAAGUAAUUCGCCAGCCAUAUCCUCUGCAAAUCAGGGCCAAUGGCCCCCACACCUACUUCAUGAAGAGAGAGACCUGGGGCUGGACAGAUUUUCUGAUGAACCCAAUGGUCAUGAUGAUGGUUCUUCCCCUGCUGAUCAUUGUUCUACUGCCCAAGGUGGUGAACACAAAUGACCCAGAGAUGAGAAAGGAAAUGGAGCAGUCCAUGAACAUGCUGAACCCAAACCCAGAGCUUCCCGACGUGUCUGAGCUCAUGACCAAGCUCUUCUCCGGCUCCAAAGGCUCCAGCAAAGCAGGCAGCAGCAGCAAGGGCACCCGGCCAGCCGUGAAGAGGAGGUAGUACUAUACAUGUCCCUUCAGUCUGCCGAAGGAAGCCUGAGAUAUGCCAUAGAAGCACGAGUUUUUAAGUGUAAUUUCUUUCCCCUGGGUCUAUUGUACAGAUUUCAUUAUCAGAUGUUUGAAAAAGCUCAGCUUGCUUUCUAAUAUGCUAUUAGAAACGUUCUUACUGCACUGAUAGAAAUUUCCUAAACCCUGUAAAAGCUGUUAUCUUUCAUUUGCUCUUUGCUUCCUACCUGUGGCUCUUCUACUUAUCCAUCUAUUCUGUGCUAAUCCUCUGGAGUGCAUUUUCCCACUGCUGCUAAUUCCACUACCUUAAAGAGAAAUUAUAUAAAGUGAUUUUUUUUUUCAAUUUCAGUAAUUACUGUGAAUGAAGAUUAAUUGAAUUUUAAAACUGAUAAAUUCUUAUUUAAAAGCCUAGAUGAAUAAAUUGAAAUGGUGUAUAUAACAAUUUUGUUUUUAUUUAUUUGAAUGGUCUACUCAAUUUUUAAUCAUUGUAUAACCUCCUUUAUGACCAGGAUUCAUUGAUUGUAAGUUACAAGGGUAAUGAGUGGCAGUUCAAAAGAAGGAGCUGCGUGGUUGCUUCAAGAUCUCUACAGUGUAACUUCACUUUUAAUAAAGCGGAUGGUAAAGUCCAUAAUAAAGUAA